UCUUCCCAGCCCACCCGAACAAUAUCGAUAUCCCCACAACCUAACAACUUAUAAGUUAUAACUACCUUAUCCCGACCACAACCCCCACAAUCACCCACACACCAACCGAAAACCCCAAAAUGACACCCCCCUCCCCCACCCGCACCGCAAGCAUAAUGCUCUCCUGGCACUCCCUAGAGCUCGUCUCGUGCACGCCCCUCCAAACCCUGUGGGCAGGCUACGGCCAAAUCUGCGCCGUGACAGCGCGCGCCAGGACACCCGAAGCAGCUGCCCACCUCGCGCAGCUCUGCGGUGUUGCUCCAUCCCCAGCAACAGAAGGGGCUACCUACCCCCUAAUCCUCAAGCUCAUCUCCCCGCCGCCCGGCUCCUCCUCCGACGAGGGCCAUCUCCGGAAGAUGCUAAGCUACGAGGUCGAGCAGCGGUUCUACGCGACUGUAGCGCCUGCACUGGGGACGGGGGUUGCGGUGGCGGGGUGCGUGGCUUCCACCUACGAGAGGGAUGUGCCGGAGCUGCGCGGGCUCAUCGCUACUCUGCUCGUUGAUUUGCGAGGUCGGUAUCCCGUUGCUGGUGGGAAGCGGAGCGCGCUUAGUGGUGUGCAGGUUUCUGCUGCUGUGCGCUGGCUCGCGGGGAUGCAUGCGCGGUCGUGGGGGCUGGUUCCUGUUGGGGCGGGGAGGGAGGAGCUGGUGCGUCCGCCGCUUGAGGAGGUGCGGCGGGUGACUCCGGGGACUGGGGUGUGGUUGAACGGCGGGUAUACGUAUCUUGCGACGCGGCGGAGGGAGUAUGCUGCUCUUGCUGCGGAGACGGGGUCGGAGUGGUCUUGUGCGCUGUGUGGCGUUGUGGAGGGGUUUGGGAUGUCGGUUGCGGAGAUGGUUGCGGUUGUGCUUGCGCCUUGUGGAAGGGCUGUGGAGUCGUAUAUCCAUGGGGAUGUUAAGUCGGAGAAUCUGUUUACCAAUGAGACUGGGGAUCAGGUUGCGUUCUUUGAUUUCCAGUAUGUCGGGCUUGGGCUUGGGGUUUGUGAUCUUGCGAAGCUGUUUACGUGCUCUGUGCCGCUGCGGAUGCUGGUUGGUGAGGAGGAUGUGGAGGAGGUGCUGGGGAUGGGUGAUGGGGAGAGGGCUUUGUUGGAGGAGUAUCGCGCGCGGCUGCUUGAGGGGAAGGGGUCGGAGAUGUAUGACUGGGAUACGUUCAAGAGGCAUUGGGAGACGGCGUUGGUCGACUGGUGUCGGUUUCAGGCUUCUUGGGGUUUUUGGGGGAAUACUGAGUGGUUGGAGGCCCGCGUGAGAUCGAUCCUGCGUGAUCAGGGCUGGAGGGACUGGCUGUAUCGGGAGGUUGGCUCGCGGAACGGUGCUUUCUGUGCUCAAUGACAUGCUUAUGUACUGGGAAGCUGAAAGAAAGGGGGGU